GGUGACGUCUCCAGGGCGAGAACAAAACAAACAGCUAGUUAGUCCCAUACACAAAAUAUUAAGUUGCGCUCGCGGCUACAGCGUUUGCUCAAGCACCAAUUGUACCGCCGUUGCUCCGCCCGUCCGUCGCUGAUUAGAUAAAGUUCCGGCAAGCGGCGGAGAGCCGGGAGAAGGCGAGCUCCGGGCUCUCCCACCGGCCCUAAAAUACAUUUUGUUUUCGUUCAGUGGACAGGCGAUAGUGAGUUCGAUUGGUAAUUGCUGGCGAAAAACAGGCAGGAAUCAUGUUAACCGAGUACGCUGGCAACUUGUCCCAUCCGCUGGAGUUUGGCCAUGUGCUGGAGGUCGUGGCCAAGACCAUUGAUGGUGCCGCCAGGUUUCACAUCAACCUGUGCACAGCCAAGACCACGGUGGAUCCGGACGCGGACAUUGGCCUGCGCUUUUCCUGCUAUUUCCGCAACGAUGUGAUCGUGAGAAACUCCCGGGUGCACGGCGUAUGGGGCGAGGAGGAAACCCAUGUCCUGGACAGCAACACGCUGCCCAAUCCCAUCGUCAGUGGGGAGUUUUUCCUCGUGUACAUCCUGUGCUGCGAGGACAGCUUCGCCAUCUCCAUAAACAGCCGGGAGUUCUGCCGGUUCCGGUACCGCUUGCCGCUGGGAGCGAUCCGUGCGCUGGAGAUUCGUGACCAAAUCCAGGUGAUCAAGCAAGUGGAUCACCGCACCGUGUUCCCCAAUCCCUGGCCCGCCGUCCACGCCUCGGACUACUUCAAGGCGUUCAGCAACGACCAGCCGAUCCUCUUCAGUCCUGGCCACGUGAUAGUCAUCACAGCCCGCUGCUUCGAGAACAAGAAGGGCCAGUUCAUCAUCAAGUUCAUGGACUCGGACACCAAGCGAGAAGAGCUGCACUUCAGCGUGCGCUUCGACGAUAAGGCGGUGGUGCGGAACUCCAUGAACAAGAACUUUGAAUUCGGAAACGAGGAGCGCCACGGUGGAUUCCCCUUCGUCUUCAAUCAGCAGUUCAAGCUGGCGCUGGCCUUUACGGAACGAGAAGUCCUGACCGCCGUGGACGGGUACAACUUCUUCAGCUAUGCCUGGCGCACACCCAGCGCAAUGAUGAAUUUGGUGGGCUUCAAGGUGACCAGUAUUAAUGGCCUGGUGAUCCAGAUAACGGGUGUGGAUCACCUGCAGACGGGCGAUCCGACGUGCGGCGGCUUCGAGAAGUAUUCCCGCCACGACUAUGAGUGUGUGUAACCGAACCAAGUCUGAAAAUAUAUACGUUGUUAACUCA